CCUUGAACUCCGAGGUCCAACCUGCCUCGCUUCCAGAGUGCUGGGAUUAAAGGCGUGCACCACUCCCGCCCGGCUACACUGACUAUUCUUUAAAGAGAUCGUCAUUUCUACAGAGAAAUCAGAAAGUAAUGCAUGGUAGUUUAAACUUAACUUCUACCCACCAGCACAUACAGACCAGGCCUGUAACUACUCCCUGGGAACCUGCGUGUCAGCAGCCCGGAGCCCAGAGCCUGUCGUGGAGCCUGCACAAUCAAUCCUGACUGAAGCGGAGGGCCGAAGUGCAAUCCACCCAGGGCGCAGCUGAGUUUUGAGAGGCAUUAAUUCCUUGGCGUCCACCAAGGGACCACUGGGACUAAUUCUCAUGGCAAACUUGUGGCCAGCCCAAACUACCAAGCUUCACAUUCCGGUUGUGCUUGGUUAUCGCCCAAGAUUGGCUUCCACAAGAGAUGAAAUGUGGUCUGAGGGACGCUAUGACUACGAGCGACUUCCGAGAGAACGAGUGCCUCCCCGGAGCCAUCCCAGUGAUGGCUACCAUAGAGUAGUUAAUGUUGUGCCAAAGAGACCACCUCUCCUAGACAAGAGACCACCUCUCCUAGACAAGAGACCACCUCUGCUAGCCAGACCCGAUGAAGGCUACAAUAGAUAUUACACUCAUGUUGAUUGCCGAGUAUGUAACGAGGGCCGCAGUUUUUCUCAUGAUCGAAGAAGUGGCCCAUCUCACAGAGGAGAUGAAUUUGGCUACAGAUGGACAAGAGAUGAUCAUUCCACAAGCCGGCAGUCUGACUACAGGGAUAUGAGAGAUGGCUUUAGAAGAAAGAGUUUCUACUCUUCCCAUUAUUCAAGAGACCGCUCUCCCCAUAAAAGGGACGCUCCUUUCUUCAGAGAAUCACCUGUAGGCCGGAAGGACUCCCCACACAGCAGGUCCGGCUCCAGUGUCAGCAGUAGAAGCUAUUCUCCAGAACGAAGCAGAGCACACACCUUCCAUCAGUCCCAGCACAGAAAGUCCUCGCGUGUCGGUGCUUCCUACAAACGGCAGAAUGAAGCCACCCGAGGAAGAGGUAAAGAGAGAUCCAUCCAGUCUUUGAAAACUUCAAGAGACACUUCACCCUCAAGUUCGUCAGCAGUUUCUUCGUCCAAGGCGUUAGACAAGCCCAGCAGGCUCACUGAGAAGGAACUCGCUGAGGCUGAGAGCAAGUGGGCUGCCGACACACUAGAGAGGUCCGAUGAAAACAACCUGGGUGAAAUUUCUGAGUUUGAGGCGGGAUCCGCGGCACCCUUAUUUAUUGACCAGACAGAGGAACCCGAGUCAAACACAACGGACGGCACAGAAAUGUAUGAAGACAGCCAGCUCAGCAGCCGCUCUAAAGCCAUCGCAUCAAAAACCAAAGAGAUCGAGCAGGUUUACCGACAAGACUGUGAGACUUUCGGGAUGGUGGUGAAAAUGCUGAUUGAAAAAGAUCCCUCGUUAGAAAAGUCUAUCCAGUUUGCACUGAGGCAGAACUUACAUGAAAUAGGUGAGCGCUGUGUUGAAGAACUCAAGCAUUUCAUUACCGAGUACGAUAAUUCUACUCAAGAUUUUGGAGACCCUUUUUAGAAGAAGUAGUGCCCAGGUCAAGAAAAUUUUUUUAGAUUUUUUUUUUUCCUCCUUGGAUUGUGUAAAUCCUUACUAUUUUGUGAUGAAGAGAAAUACUUUAUGAUAGCUGACCGCAUUUCUAGUAUUAAAUAAACAUCUACAAUAGCUUUUAAAGUAUCUUAAUUAGAAUAUUUCCCCUAUGUGUAGAAUAUUCUUCUCCAUCUUCAUAUACUUCCUCCCUCCAAAAUAAUGUUCAGUUAUUUUAAUGUUCAAAAAAGCAGUUCUGGAGAGCAGCUUUCUGUGUUCAACUUGUGUUCCACAGUCUUCCAUGAUGUUUUAGGAUGAUCCUCUGUGUCCCGGGUAAAGGCCGACUUUGUAUGUUGGUUUCUGUGCAGAGAGCUGAGUACUGUUGGGACUUCGGUAUUGUUACUCUAAUUUCUCAGCAGCUUCUUAGUUGUAAACAUUCUUCUCCAUCACCUUCUGAUUGGUCUAAUAAAGCCUGUAGGUCGGGAGAGGAAAGCAGGGCAUCUGGGCAGAGAGAGGAACUAUGGGAAGAAUUUGUGUAGGGAAUUUACCACCCAGACACAAAGAAAGUCUGGCUUCAGGGACUGAAUGAGAGAUAACAGACCAUGUGACAAACGUGAACCAAAAUAAAUUAAGUUAUAGGAACUAGUUGAGAACAAGCCUAAGCUAUAAAUAAUAAAAUAAUAAAAAAUAAAAAUAAUAAAUAGUCUAUGUCAUUGUUGGGCUGGUGGAUCCAAACAGUCUGAUAGUGAGCGUUUAGUCUCAGCUGUUUAAUCUGUAGUUAAGAUCAUUCCAGUUUGCAUAUAAUAGUGGCACUGUUAGCAUUUUGAGUUGGUGAUGUCAAAAUAUGCUAUCUUAAUGGGUCAGAACCUUGCUAUUGUAUAUUUGCUUUGAUAUUUCUUAUUCAAUAUAGAAAAAAGCACUUGAAAAUCUGUAAGGUUGUAAGAUUUUAGAACAAAAUCUUUCACUCAAGUCAGUGAACUUAGUUCAUCUCUUCUACAAAGUGCUCUUGGGGCUCCUAACUGUUCUUUCUAGAUAAUACUAUAGACUAACAGGAGGGGU